GGGCAAACCCCCCUCUGAGAAUGAGAGUUUUUAAAAGAUGAAGCUACUUUCCUGCACUGCUGCACAGAGAGCUAAAAAGAAAAAGGCAACCAACCCCCUUCCUGUCCUGCUGUUAUUUCCUUCCUGAUUAUUUAAAAUAAUAAUAAACUUCCCCUUUUAGGAGCAUAUGCUAUCCUUGGUGAUACUGGAGGAUUGUAAAUACAGUAUUCCCAGAAGGUGCUAUGCAAAAGCUACAUGGAGCAGAAGCAAAGCUAGGAACAAAAAUGGAAAAGCAGGAAACUUCAACAGGACCCGAGCCUGGGAACAAACCAAAAGGCAGAGGAGGAGAUCCUUGUGUUGUCCAAGCUGAGACCACCCAGGAGCUCCUGACUGGGGUGGCCCCCCAACAAAUCAAACAAGAGCCAGAAGAAGGCCGAGAAUGGUGCUGGGAGGCCCAGUGGCAGGUGUUCUUGAAGACAGCCAAGUCCCCUCACUCAGAGUGGCGGCACCUGCAGCUGCCCAGUCCCACCUUGGAGGAGAACUCAAAGUCUUCUCAGGCUCCCCUGAAGGGGACAUCCAAUGCCAUCCUGCGGCCUAUAGGGGAGUGGCUGACUCAGACCCUGCCUGACCUCCUUGGAGAGGCCCAGCAGGUGUGUCGGAGCCUAGACCCCCCUCCAACGGUGAAGGUUGAAGAGGCUCUGGAGGGGGACGCAGCCAGGAUGGAGAUGCGGCGACAACACUUCAGGCAGCUGUCCUACCAUGAGGCCAAGGGCCCCCGGGAGAUCUGCAGGAAGCUCCGGGAGCUUUGCUGCCAGUGGCUGACUCCCGAGAAACACACCAAGGAGCAGAUCUUAGACCUGCUGAUCCUGGAGCAGUUCUUGACCAUUAUGCCUCGGGAGAUGCAGAACUGGGUGAGGGAAAGGGGCCCAGGGACGUGUGCUGAGGCGGCGGUCCUGGCCGAGGAUUUCCUCUUGAUACUCCAUGAGUCGGAGAGACGGGAAGUAAAGGUUCCCGGGCUCUUGGAAGAGACCCUUAUUAAUGCCUCCAAGUCAGAGCAAAAUUUACCAGACUCUGCAAAGAUGCAACUGUCCAUGGAAUUCACACCGCUGGGAGUCCAAGACCCAGUGCUGGAGAACGAAGAGGAGCCCUUUCAUGUGAAAAGUCCCGAGCCUGGAGAUGUGGGAUCCAGUGGAAUAUCCUUAGAAAGAGCCAAAGAUAAUGUCUUCCAGGCUCCCAAGUUGGAAAAGAUCCCUGGAAACAAGGGGGGACCAGAAAGGCACCAGGAAAGCUUUCUGUGGAAGAUAGCACAGCAGGCCUUCCUCUGCGAAGGAAGCGGCCAGACUUUCCACGAAAACGUCGUCCGUGACAGGACGUGCCCACGAAACAGCAUCGCCAGCACCGACUACGAGAAGAGCCUCUGCCAGAGCUUGGACCUCCUCAAGAACCAGAAGAAACGGCUGAGGAAGUUCAAAUGCUCCUACUGCGGGGCCACGUCCAACAUUCGAGCAAACAUUGUCGCUCACGAGAGAAUCCACACCGGCGAGAAGCCCUACGGCUGCUUAAUCUGCGGCAAAAGCUUCAGCCGGAAGUCAACCCUCGUGCGGCACAAGAGGACCCACACGGGGGAGAAGCCGUACGAGUGCUCGGCGUGCGGGAAGAGCUUCAGCAUCCGAUGUAACCUUUUGCGGCACGAGCGGGUCCACACGGGAGAGAAACCCUAUCACUGCAAAUGCUGCGGCCAGAGCUUCAGUCGGAGGCUCUUCCUUGUGAUUCACGAGAGAACCCAUGCAGGAGAGAAACGUGUAUAGAAGCUUGGAGUGUUGGCGGAGAGGUGUCACUCUUUCCCUUCCUCUUUCUCUCGAUCUCUUACAUACAGGACACCAAGUUGGCAACCCCUGAAAUAUCUCUUGCAAUACCUAGAUCAUCCACUGGGUGCCACUAUUUCCCCUCUCACUGAUAAACACAAUUUCCACCAAAGGGCUUUGUUUUCCUUUGCAACUUCUGGCAAGUAUUAGCACAAUACAGUAAUAUUGUGAAAUAUGAUAUAAAUUUCCUGUAUAUAUUACAUUUAUAAAUAUGGAAAUUGACUACA